CAGAGCAUAUGCUUUCUCUUCCUUGCCAUAUCGUAUAAUAUUCACAAGGUUGUUGUCUGUGAAAUCAGGGAUGGCAUUGCUGAAAGUGGCAAGGCUGCCCGCACCAGUUCACAGGUAGUGGCCGAGAUGGACAGAGGUGUCUUUGCAGAGGUGGUUCUGCUAGUGAUUUUACACAUAGCCGUAACGUGUGGUCAAGACCCCGCGGAGGCCCUGGGCUGUCCAGAGCACCAGGAGCCUUUUGACGGCUCCUGCUAUGAGUUUGUGGCACAGCAGCGCACCUUCCAGAAUGCCCAGCGCUGGUGUGAACGAGGCGGAGGCCGUCUGGCAUUUAUCAUGAACGACGAGACCCAGCAGUUCCUCCAGCAGCACCUCCAGCCCCAGCAAGACUGGUGGAUAGGGCUGGCCCCGGCGUCCAGCAACCUCACCCUGGACUCAGCCGCAGCAGAGGGAACACUCUCCUGGCUCGAUGGCUCCGAUGUUAGUUACUCUAACUGGGCGAGUGAGCCUUCAAUAGGGGCCAGGUGUGGUUACAUCCUCCAGGGCUCUGGCUUUCAAUGGGAGGCCUCAGACAACUGCACCCAAGAGAUGCACUUUGCCUGUGAAUUUGAGACUGGAAAAUCUAUGGCUUGUGCAAACUACAAUGUGACACUGCAGUGCGGCUCUGGGCAGGUGAUAGAGGUGGACGACAGCUUCUUUGGAAGGAAGACGAUACACUACUGCCAGGGGUUCCCCUCUCCCUCCGUCACAUCCUCACAAGAAGAGUGCAGCUGGGUGGAUGUAGUGCAUUUAGUAGAAGGGCAGUGUCAUGGGCUGCAGGCCUGCCAAGCUCUGGCAGAUGCAUCAUCCUUUGGAGAACCAUGCCCCGGUCUCGGAAGCUACUUGUCCGUGGAAUAUCAUUGUAAAGAUGGUCUUCACCUGCUCAUGGGCAAGUUGGCUACUGUGUUUGACAACGUCACAAUCCAGGUGAAGUGGCUUUUGCACCCAUUCCAGGGUAACCUGACAUGCACACUCAGUGCAGGGGAUGGCCACAUCAUUGACCCCUACACUCCUGACGAGUGAGCCAGUGUGGUGCAUCAGUACAACAGUCCAGGGGUCUUCACUGUCGGGGUGGAGUGCACCACCAGUGAGUGGCAUGUCACUGCGCAGAAGACCAUCACCAUCCAGGAGCCACUUGGGGAAUAUGGAGUGGUCAGGUGCUACAUCAUGGGCCAGCUAAUGAACAGCACAAACUGCAAAGCCCUCGCUAACAACCCUCUUACAAUCCAGGUCAACCUGGUAGCAGGAAGCAAUGUCACCUACAAAGUUCAGAACAACGGCACAUUAUUGGCCUUGUCGUCCGCUGCUGUGGGCGUAUUCCCUCACAACAUCAGCCUGGGCUCAGAGGAGGUGCAGAGCCUGGGUCCAGGCUGUCAUCAGCUGACUCUGCUGGCCUCUAACAAUGUCACAGCCACUGACCUCUCCACUGAGCUGGAGGUGUGUGUGCUGGAGCCGGUGCAGGGGCUGCAGGCGUCGGUGUCCACACAGGCCGGGCCGUGUCCUGAGGCGUACCUCCACGUCGCCGUCUCUCUGGACCACGGAGCCCCCGCGCGGCUGCUCCUCCAGAUAUCCGACAGUGACAAUAACACCGUCCAGGAGACGAGAGAAGUGGACAGUGGCAGUCUUCAGGUUUUCAACAUCUCAACAACCAUCCAAGGCAUGGCACAAGUGAAGGUCAAAGCAUGGAACACAUUCUCAGCCACAGAUCAGGAUGCAGGAAAUACAACAGUGGCUGACCUCAGCUCCUGCUACAGCAACGGGGAAAAGCGAUUCCGACAGGUAGCACAGUCAGUCAGCUCAUGGGCCGUCCCAGCGGCCACCCUGCAGGGUGCACAGCAGCUCAUCACAGUCAUUGUUUAUGCCUACCUCAACUGCGACCGCACCCUCAACGGUAACCACACCCUCAAGUGUGACCACACCCUCAGAUGUGACCACACCCUCACUCGUGACCACUCCCUCAUAUGUGACCACACCCUCACUCGUGACCACUCCCUCAGAUGUGACCACACCCUCACACGUGACCACACCCUCACAUCCUCUCGUGAGACAAGUGCAGGUCCACCCAGUGUCCUCUCGUGCUGGACAAACCCUACUGCUGGAGAUGUUCUUUCUCCAUUUACCUUCACUUGCAAUGUAACCCAGUCCUUCUGUAGCACUGCACCCUGCACCUACUGCCUCAACACUGCCAGUGGCAAUUACCUUUAUUGUGGUAAUAACCCCAGUGAGAGGUCACUCUUCCUGCCACUAGGAAACAGAAGUAUUGACUACACCCUAACUGUGGUUGCAACUUUGCAGAACUCAGCUGGACAAACCUUAAACACCACCAUUCUCAUCAAGGUGAGGGACUCUGUUUCUGAGUCCACUGUGCAGGAUCUCCAGGACCUGGUGUCAAAUCAGGUGGCAGAGUUACAGAGCCAAGGCCAGCUCACAGGGGCAGCCUUAGCUCAGAUGUACCAAACUGUGUCCAGUGCUUUGAAUGGAGGCGUCAAUGACGAGGACAAGAUUGCAAGAAAAGAGCUCCGAGAGCAGAUGGUCACCAAUAUGUCUGUAGCAAUAGAGAGCGCCCCCAUGGGGAGCACAGAGGAGGUGCAGGCAGUCGCCAGUGCUGUGGCCGAACUAACCAAGCAGGAAGAUGAGCUGACCACAGACACACAGAUCCAGGCAAGCAGCGUUUUGUCAAAGCUCAGCGAGUCCCUCAACUCACUUCCACUCCCUGAAAGCAAUGUAAAUGAGAAGAUGUUGGAAGCAUCCACGCCUCUCAUUGAAGCUGCUAGUAACAUCAUUUUGGUCUCAGCAGCGACAGACAAACAGAGUGAGAUCGCUGAGCACUUGCUCAAUGCUGUAGACAAGGUCCAGAGUGCCCUUCUGGUAGGGAAAAAGACAUCCCAUGGGCCCACAGUCAUAACAACUCCUCAGAUCAGUUUAUAUGUCAACAGAAUGUCUCCAAAGAACCUUGCGAUACAGCCAUUCACAAUUCAGAACUCCAGCUCUGCCAGCUUCGCUCUCCCACCGUUAGAUCUCUCUGCUGUGUCAUCAACGCCUGUGGAUGUCCGGAUGAUGACCUUUGAGACAAAUCCAUUUGCCUGGAAUACAGCGCAGUCCAUCAAUGGCACAGUGGGGGCUCUGUCUCUCACCCAACAGAAUGGCUCCGCCAUCCCUGUUGCUAACCUGACAAAUGAGAUUGAGAUUUUUUUGCCAAGGCAAUUGGGUGCUGAAGUGAACCACACUUUUCUGGACCUGGGAAACUUCAGCACCAUCAUGAUCAAUGUGACGUCACCUAAUGUGUCCCUGGUGCUCAAGCUGGACCCCUCAGAGGACAUCUCCUUACAUUUGCUUAUAGGGUUCCAGGAGUACCCCAACGACACACACUACGAGGCACAAACCUACCUCCCGCAGGACGGAGACACACAAGAGGAGAGAUACACAUGGGUGUUGAGCCCCAGGGAUAUGACCAUAGAUGAAGGUGUAUACUACCUACUAGUGAGGCCUGUGGUUGGGGCAGGAGUCAACUCUACAAACGCCACAGUCUCCAUUACGUCCAUUGCUGCUCAGUGCGUGUACUGGGAUGAACUAAAGCUAAACUGGAGUGACUAUGGAUGCAGGGUGGGUCCCCUGACUACACCCCUGACCACGCAGUGCUUGUGCAACCACCUGACGUUCUUCGGGAGCUCCUUCUUCGUCAUGCCCAACGUGGUGGACGUGAGCCAGAUAGCUCAGCUUUUUGGCACUUUUGUGAACAAUCCGGUGGUGGUGUGCUUUAUUGGUGCCAUUUUCUUGGCCUACCUCAUGGUGGUGAUAUGGGCACGACGGAAGGACAUUCAGGACACAGCAAAGGUUAAGAUUACUGUGCUGGAUGACAACGACCCCCUGGCAGAGUACAGAUACUUGCUCAACAUCAGCACUGGGCACCGACGUGGAGCCUCUACUUCCUCACAGGUGACAGUGACUCUGCUUGGCACUGAGGGCGAGAGUGAACCACACCAUCUGACUGACCCAGACAAGCCAGUGUUUGAGAGAGGCGGGGCAGACAUGUUUAUACUGACCACGCCGUUCUCAUUGGGCGAGCUGCAGAGUAUCAGGCUCUGGCAUGACAACUCAGGGAAUCAACCUGGCUGGUACAUUAACAAAGUGAUGGUGCAGGACAUUGAGACGGGUCAGAAGUGGCACUUCCUCUGCAGCUCGUGGCUCGCCAUAGAUGUGGGGGAGUGUGUCCUGGAUAAAGUGUUCCCUGUAGCCACAGACAUGGACUUAAAGAGAUUUAGCAAUCUGUUCUACAUGAAGACGGUGAAAGAUUUCCGUGAUGGCCACAUCUGGUUCUCUGUGGUCAGCCGCCCGCCGAACAGCAACUUCACGUGUGUGCAGCGCGUCUCCUGCUGUUUCUCCCUGCUGCUGUGCACCAUGCUGACCAGCAUCAUGUUCUAUGGCGUGCCCACAGAUCCUGCUGAGCAGACCAUGGACUUGGGUCACAUUGAGUUCACCUGGCAGCAAGUGAUGAUUGGCAUCCAGAGCUCCAUCAUCAUGUUUCCCAUCAACCUCCUCAUCGUCAGCAUCUUCAGAAACACACGCCCGCGGGAGAGGAAGUCCAAGAGGCCUGUAAAGGACAAGAGCAAGGCGGACACCUGCAAACAGGCCAAGAGUGGCCGUGUGUCACCAACCCAGCCACCCUCCCCUGAGAGUCAGCACAGGGACAUAACACCAGAAGCCGUAACCAAGGACAUUAAAAGAAUAGCACAGUCACUCUCCAAAGUGAUGAAGAACCCUCUUCCCAGAAUAGAUGUGACAUCUGGCAAAAACCCUGACAUCAACAUGCUUCUUUCACUCGUGGAGGACAUCAUCCGGCAGCAAAACCGUGCAGGGGACAUGUUUUACACAGACAACUCCAAGUUCACGGUCACUUUGGAAGAGAACUCUUCCUCUGAGAGCCCAAAGAAAACAACCAGUGACGCCCAGAAGGGCAGCCUGUACAGCCAGUACCUCUACCGGCAGCUCCAGCAUGUGGAGAAAGAGCUGGGCCUGCUGGGGCCCACACGCUUCUCCAACCCCGACAGCUACAGCCAGGCCGUGCGGCAGGUCCGGGGCAUGAAAGGCCUCCUAGAGCCCCACCUGUCCUCCACCUCCAGCGGAGACCACCGCAGCCCCAGCCCCGAGGACAGCACUGAGGGAGGGGGCAGUAGCGGUGGCAAGGGCUGCUGUCAGGGAGGCCUGCCCUGGUGGUUCGUGUUCCUGGGCUGGCUUCUAGUGGCGGCAACGAGCGGCGUGUCGGCGUUCUUCACCAUGCUGUACGGGCUGAAGUACGGCAAAGAGCGCUCCGUCAACUGGCUCAUCUCCAUGGUGGUGUCGUUCUUUGAAAGCCUUUUUAUCACUCAGCCUUUGAAAGUGCUUGGGUUUGCGGUUUUCUUUGCCCUAGUGCUGAAGAAAGUUGACCAGGAGGAAUAUGGUGAUGUUCCUAUUGAGGAAUCAGCGUCGAAUACAGGUGAUCCUGAUGGCGUACGUAUUGCACGGAGAGACAGCACAUGCAGUUUCUACCAGCCACCACCACCCUCAGACAUUGAGAAGAUGAGAAUGAACAUGAUCAAGGAACAAAAAGUGUUUGCCCUCAUCAGAGAGAUUCUCAUAUACAUGGGGUUUAUGUGGAUGUUACUCUUGGUUGCCUACGGUCAAAGGGAUCCAAAUGCAUUCUAUCUGACCCAGCACAUUCAGCAAAGCUUCAGCAGUGGGAUCACAGACUCAAUGAGCCACAAGGAGGUGUUUACGUGGGCCAAUACGUCGCUUCUGAACAAUAUUUUUGGACAAUAUCCAGGCUUCAUAACGGAUGGGAAUUCCAAACUUAUUGGCAAUGCCCGCCUUCGCCAGGUGAGGGUGCAGAAAAACUCCUGUCGCAUUGCCCGCUCCAUGGAGCGCUCGGUCACAGACUGCCAUGCUCCGUACUCUUGGGAGAUAGAGGACAGAGGCUGCUUUGGGCCAGGCUGGAAUCGCUCCAGGGAUACAAACACCUCCCAGGCUGCUGCCCCCAGCCCCUGGCAAUACCUGAGCCAGUCCCGACUCAGAGCACAUCCCAUGUGGGGCAGCAUGGCCCUGUACAGAGGAGGAGGCUUUGUGGUGGAGCUGGGCCCUGACCUGACCAAUGCUACAAGUGCGCUUCAGUACUUGUUUGACAACAGAUGGCUGGAUGUUUACACUCGUGCUAUCUUUGUGGAGUUCACCGUGUACAAUGCCAACGUCAACCUCUUCUGCAUUGUUACACUAAUGCUAGAAUCAACAGCUGUGGGUGCAUUCCAGUAUCGUAGUGAGAUACAGACUGUCCGUCUCUAUCAGUCUACGGGUGGUUUACACAUUUUCGUCAUGGCCUCUGAGGUCAUCUACUUUCUUUUCAUUCUCUACUACAUGUAUGUCCAGGGCAAGCUAAUGAGGCAGCAGAAGUGGACUUACUUUAAGACCAAGUGGAACCUUCUUGAGCUGGCCAUCAUCAUCCUCAGCUGGAGUGCGCUGAGUGUGUUUAUCAAAAGAACAUUGCUGGGCAACAGGGACCUGGAAUUCUAUCAAAGCAACAAGGACCAGUACGUCAGUUUCCAUGAGACUGCCACAGCAGACGCCGUGCUGGGCUACUUGAUCGCGUUCCUGGUUCUCUUGUCCACCAUCAAGCUGUGGCACCUCCUGCGGCUCAACCCUAAACUGCACCUCAUCACCUCCACCCUGCAGAGGGCCUGGACAGACAUCUCAGGCUUCCUGCUGGUCAUGACCAUCAUGUUUCUGGCCUACUCUAUUGCUUGCAACCUAAUGUAUGGCUGGAAGCUAUCGUCAUACCGGACUCUCAUUAAUGCAGCACAGACUGUGGUCAGCCUACAGCUUGGUAUCUUCAAUUAUGAAGAGGUGUUGGAUUAUAACCCAGUUCUUGGUGCAUUCCUAAUCGGCUCUUGCAUCAUCUUCAUGACCUUUGUGGUGUUGAACCUCUUUAUUUCUGUGAUCCUGGUGGCAUUUAGUGAAGAACAACUUCACCAUAAGCCAUCUGAAGAGGAGGAGAUAGUCGACCUGAUGCUGAUGAAAAUCUGUAGUCUGUUUGGGAUCAAAAUUAAGAAGAAAGGAGAAGCGAGUGACUCCUCCUCUGCCACUAACAAUCCAGCACCCUCUGUCAUAUCGUAAGACUAUUGGCUGUCCAAGAAAAAUAAGCACUCUGAUGUUAAAUAGAAUGCCUGUGUUUUGAGUAGUGGUGUAAAACAUGAAGCAAAAUCCAUAGUCGCUGCUUUUGCUUCUUGUUGAAAUAUGUUGCUGCCUCAAAAUCUAAAUAUAUAUGGUAUGUUAAAGGACCA